GUCGUUUUGCCUUCGGAUCACCUGUGAUAGCUGCAUAGAGCACUACACUCUGUUUCACACUUUGCUGCUGUUGAAAAGUACAGUAUCUAUCACUGAUGGUAAAGAUUAUCACCAGCGGGCGCUGUAUAAUAAACCAGAACCACUGUGACUCACUACCAACUUACGGAAAAGAAAAGGCGAAAAACCGCGGAGGAAGGCCGCCGAGAAAGUCUGGAAAUCGUUGACAUUCUGAGACAAGUUGACAGAAAUUCAUGUUCAUCGUAAUUUUCACUAUAAAUAUUGCAUAGACCCGUAUCUGCAGCGUUGUCUCAGUGUGUUCAGCCAUUUGAUCGAUCGAUCAUCACCAACAGGACCACGGUGUGAACGCUGUAGUGAGCGAGAGAGUGUGCGGAUUCACACACAACUCCGGGAGAAGGCAGCCAGGAAGGCUGUAUAGUAGUGCCACCGUGGACAGCAGAGGAUGCCUCGUGGUUUCCUGGUGAAGAGGCACUAUCAGUGCGGCAGUGCCGGUGGACUGCAGGCACAUCAGCUAGAGACAAGUCGGCUGAGGAGAAACUCAGAAGAAGAUCGCUCCGAUUCUGGCUCUGAGCACGAUUACGUGUCUCACGACACGGCCCAGUCUCCGGAUUCCGGGUUCUCAGCAAGUCCCUUGGCACUGACGACCAGAGACCGCAGCGCAAGCCCCGGUACGAGAGAGACGCCUCCCGAGCCCAGGGGAUCCCAGCUUCGCCCUCUGUCCUCCCUCCAGCCCUACUACGUCCCGUCCAACUUAAGUUACUAUCACAACACAGCGUCGACGUACUCACCUUUUUAUUUUUCUUCUUUCGACCGUCUCUCCGUCACUUCACCGACGGGGAAGAAUAUCGUCACAGACUCUGUGGUUCCGCAAUGUCCCAACAAAAAACGCAGCAACGAUAGCAUAUCGAAGCCAAAGCCAAACAGAAAGUCAAAAGCUGCUCGUCGACUGAAUUUCUCAGAGGUUAAGAAUUCCCCGGUGUCUGGUACUUUUAUCCGUGAUUCAGACGAUGAAGAUACUGGAGGCGAUAUAGGAACCAGUAGGGUAGUAAGGGGAGACAUUGACGGUUCGUUAAACUUUGUAGAAGUGACAGAGGAAGCCAAAAACGAACUGGCAAAAAUCGAAAACAAAAUCGGAGACUAUAUUUGCCAGUUAUGUAAAGAGUGGUUUGAGGACGCCUUCCGCUUAGCUCAACAUCGGUGCUCGAGGAUUGUCCAUAUAGAGUACAGGUGCCCUGAAUGCGACAAAGUGUUUAACUGCCCGGCCAACCUAGCAUCUCACCGGCGGUGGCACAAACCCAGACCCAACAGUUCUACAAAAGUUUCAGCUCCCUCUAAGAUACUCCCAGCUCCACCGGCGGCCCACGAUCACGACACUCCCCUCAACCUGGCGGUUAAGGACAGGGUCAAUCCAUCUCUCGGGACCCCAGCUACCACCGCCGAAUCGGAGGCUCUCUACAGCUGUGACAAGUGCGACAAAAAGUUCCGUCGACGUGCAUACUUGGUGAAACAUCUUCAGACCCACCAGGUGGAGUCUUCUGAGCCGGCCCCUCGUAGGGUGGAACCAGAGAGGCCCUACCCCUGCCGGUACUGCGGCCAGGUGCUCCCCAGCGAAGAAUAUCUAGCAAAACAUCUCCUGCAGCAUAACGACGAGGUCUCGGUGAUCCCCAGCGACAGACCCCGCCCUCCGCCAUCCCACCUUCCAAACGGGACCCCCUGUGUUCAGCCCGACUUUCUUUACAAGUGUAAACACUGCACCAGUGUUUUUUACACAUCUGCCGCCUUAACGCGCCAUAUUAACAAACGGCAUCCUUCCGAUACGAAACAGGUGAUCCUCCUUAAUCUACCCACCCCCGAAAUGAACAGACAGUAGGGAUCAGGCACAACAAGUACCCCCACCCACCUCCUGGGGAUAUGUAAAGGGAGAGCGUGCAAAGAUCAAGGAUAAGAUGGUGCCUUAAAUAUCUUUACUAUAUUAAAGAUUGAAGUAAGUAUAUAAUACAAUAGGAAAAGUUUAUAUCGUUCGUAUAGGUUUUGUAUCACAAAGUGAAGUCAAUUUCUAUUCAUUUCUAUUUAUUAUUUUUGUGUUUUUAUGGGUUAGGAUAGCUAAGAAUUUUAAACGUAAGUGCAAUAAAAGUCCGCACCGUAACUGAACUUUAAGUGUAAGCAACAGGUUUAUUGUUAAGUGCAAUCCAAAGUCUUAAUGAAAUCAUAUCUUUACAAAAGAGAUAAUUUAUUUUAAAUGUAUUUAUGUUUAAUAUAUUUAGGUUAAAUUAGGUUGAUAGGUUAUGUUUUGAUGUUAUUUACACUUUGUUUCGUUUACACGUUUACUUUUUUCUAUUUAAAUGUUACGCUGAUAUAUUUAUUGGACGCAUGGAAUGCGCUCUGUCAUAGGUUAUUUUUAAAGAAGUUUAUUUUUACCAAAUGUAACAAAGGGAGCUUUGCCACUAGGGAUUUGUAAUAAAGAUAUUGACCAAGAAAACAAAGCGCCGGUAUCAGGUUCAAAUAUUUCGUAAGUAACAUAAAUUGUCACUGAUACUACGGGCGAAGUGAACAAGAACAAAACUUCUGAUUUAUCAAUAAACAAUGGUCGUCAAAACAUUUAGCCCUUAAUGAGCUCAAAAGCAUAGUAGAUAUUUAUUUAUCUUUUACGUAUCCAACCAUCUUUUGAUGUAAAAAAAUGAAACGCAUAUUAUAUGUGAGCAGUCCCGUUUGUUCAAAACCCAACAUUCCAUUUUUUGUAGUAUGGAUAUUUUAUGAUACAUGUAGUUUUUCUUUAAUUUAUCGUUAUGUAAAAAUCCUAUUUUUCAGAAAACUUCAAUAGUUUUACACCUACAUUUUACUGUAAGACCGACGAUUCUUGAGCCUAAAUUUUUUGUGUGGCUUCUUUCAUGUUGUCAGCACAUCGGGAGUAGGAUAAAGUGUUAGAAUCAAGGUUAAGUGAUUAUAUUGUAGUUAUAUGAUUUGUCAACAUAAACACUAUUAGCCACUUUUCUCAGAUGACGACAAAUCGUCGAAGGCCAGAGUCUCCUCAAUUUUACAAUAUAUAUUUUUUAAAUCUAAUUUAUGUUCCUAAUUUAUCCAGCAAAGCAUCAGAUAAAGGCACUAAAUGCUUUAUUGACUGUCGCUAUUAGAUCGGUUACAGGUUUCUUUGCAUUAUAUUGAUAUCUGAAACUAGAGUACGAGACAGCUGUACGCUGCAAUAUGUUGAACAUAUACUAGCGUGUUAUUUUGGACAAAGAAUCAAAGAAAAUUUGAUAAUUAAGAGCAAGGCGCACCUGCCGAUAUAUUGUAGUGAAUGUGAAUUUUGAUCAGGGAAGUGAUGUGCCCGUCACAAUAACUUAACAACGUUAUAUUACCAGUGAAUCGGGCUCAUUGUCUUUAGAUCAGUGAAAGGUUGUUAUCCGAGAAAUAUUCCUAACAAAGGUAAACCAUGAGAGAGCCAGUUUGAAUGAAUACUGACGACCGUGAUAAUUUAACAAAAUUGCUGUAUGAAAGACUCCGCCAGCUUUGGUUUAUUUAUUUAGUUCAUUCAAGUAAAGGUGUUUUUAUUUUCAUGCACGGGUUUCUACCUGAAUAUACAUCAGGGGGAUAGUUAUUCAACUUGGCCUAGUGUUUUUAUUAAUAAUGACUUUCAGGAAAAUAUGCAACUGCUAGGAGGAUUUGUCUCGCAAGUGCCUUAUGCUCUGGGCGCGAAGCAUGGAGAGGUUUUUACAGAACAAAGGCCACGGUUUCAAGCUGCCUUUGUGUAACUAAAAUGCGGGCGAAGCACUCUGAAAACAAUGGUGUUAUAGAGAUGAUAGUAGUCUGGUUUUGAUAGAUCUAUUAAUAAUUAAUAUCUAUAAGAUUGCAAAUUACUGUUUGUAUGCAUUUUUUAUCUUGAAACGGGGAAAUUAUUCAAAGUGCCUAUCUAAAUGCAUUUCGUGAUAAUACUGUCGGUGAGCUGGUUUGAAAGGCAUCUCAAGACACAAUAUUAGGAUUAUUUGUAUUUCAAGAUUAAAAGUUAAUAAUAUCACAUAUGUAUGGUAUAUACGGUGAUUUCUUGUGACCCCAAAUGCUUCAGAGUUUUAUUACCUAGACACUUAUUAUCCAGCUUUACACUUUUUAUAUGAAGGUAAAUAGGAUUUUACCACCUACCCACCGGCGCUAAGCUGUAUGGUAUUAUUUAAUUGAUAAAAUCCUAAUAGUUUGUAAUACAAAGGGUAGCAGCAGCUAUUGAAUUUGAAAUGAUCUGACACGGUAGACUCCAUAGUAGAACCAACUUGUAGAUUAGCAGAUUGAUUUGCUUUUAUAAGCGACAUGAUUGUACUCGCCAGAAAUGAGGCAAAUAAAAUGAAAUAAACUAUUU